UAAGAACCUGUAGUGGUUUAUGACCUAGACUUUGGCCCACCAGCUCAGUCUUCUGAAGGUCCUCUUCCCUGAACUGUUCUAAAUGCUUUAAUUCCAGGAAAGGAAAAUGUGCCUCACCUGCCCGAAGAACAGCAUCUGCUUCUAGCCAAGAUCUCCUCAUCACAAAGGUGAAGAAAGAGUAUCAAGUUAAGAAAGCAGAGGACCAAAAGGUGAAUCUUGAUGAGUAAUGUGGGCCAUGGAGCCAGGCCACCUUCUCUGGGCUCUACUGUUCAUGCAGUCCUUCUGGCCACUACUGACGGAUGGGGCCACUCGAAUCUACUACCUGGGCAUUCAGGACGUGCAGUGGAACUAUGCUCCCAAGGGGAGGAAUAUCAUCACAAACCAGCCUCUGGACAGUGACAAAGAGGCUUCCAGAUUUCUAAAGCCUGACAAGAACAGGAUAGGGAGCAGCUACAAGAAGACCAUCUAUAAGGAAUACAAGGAUGACUCUUACAUGGAUGAAGUGGUCCAGCCUGCCUGGUUGGGCUUCUUGGGGCCAGUGUUACAGGCUGAGGUGGGGGAUGUCAUCCUUAUCCACCUGAAGAAUUUUGCCUCUCGUCCCUAUACAAUCCACCCCCAUGGCGUUUUCUAUGAAAAGGACUCAGAAGGUUCCCUAUACCCAGAUGGCUCUUCUGGGCCACUGAAAGAUGAUGAUUCUAUUCCCCCGGGAGGCAGCCAUAUAUACAACUGGACCAUUCCAGAAAGUCAUGCCCCCACCAAUGCUGACCCAGCAUGCCUCACUUGGAUCUACCAUUCUCACGUAGAUGCUCCAAGAGACAUUGCAACUGGCCUCAUUGGACCCCUCAUCACAUGUAAGAGAGGAACUCUGGAUGGGAAUUCCCCUCCUCAGAGGCAGGAUGUGAACUAUAAUUUCUUCCUGCUCUUCAGUGUGGUGGAUGAGAACCUUAGCUGGCACCUCAAUGAGAACAUUGCCACUUACUGUUUAGAACCUGCCUCAGUGGAUAAAGAAGAGGAGGCCUUUCAGGAGAGCAACAGAAUGCAUGCAAUCAAUGGCUUUGUCUUUGGAAACUUACCAGAGCUGAGCAUGUGUGCACAUAAACAUGUGGCCUGGCACUUGUUUGGCAUGGGCAAUGAAGUGGAUGUCCACACAGCUUUCUUUUAUGGACAGAUGCUGACCAUCCGUGGACACCGCACUGAUGUGACUAACAUAUUUCCAGCCACUUUUGUGACAGCUGAGAUGGUACCUCAGAAGCCUGGCAUCUGGUUAAUUAGCUGUCAAGUGAACAGUCAUUUGCAAAGUGGCAUGCAGGCACUCUACAAGAUCGAGUCUUGCUCUAUGGACCCUCCUGUGGAGCAGCUCACAGGCAAAGUUCGGCAGUACUUCAUUGAGGCCCAUGAGAUUCAAUGGGACUAUGGCCCAAUGGGACAUGAUGGGAGUACUGGGAAGAGUUUGAGAGAACCAGGAAGUAGUUCAGAUAAAUUCUUCAAGAUGAGCUCCAGUAGAAUUGGAGGUACUUACUGGAAAGUUCAAUAUGAAGCCUUCCAAGAUGAAACAUUCCAGGAGAAAGUGCAGCUGGAGGAAGAAAAGCAUCUUGGAAUCCUGGGGCCAGUGAUCCGGGCUGAGGUGGGUGACACGAUCCAGGUGGUCUUCUACAACCGUGCCUCCCAGCCAUUUAGCAUGCAACCCCAUGGGGUCUUUUAUGAAAAAGACUACGAGGGCACUGUAUAUAAUGAUGGCUCAUCCCACCUUGGCUUGAUGGCCAAGCCCUUUGAGAAAGUAACAUACCACUGGACAGUCCCUCCCCAUGCUGGUCCUACUGCUCAGGAUCCUCUUUGUCUCACCUGGAUGUACUACUCUGCUGUGGAUCCUAUAAGAGAUACAAAUUCUGGCUUGGUGGGCCCCCUGCUGGUGUGCAAAACUGGUGCCUUGGGUGCAGAUGGUGUGCAGAAAGGGGUAGAUAAAGAAUUCUUUCUCCUCUUCACUGUGUUUGAUGAGAACAAGAGCUGGUACAUCAAUGCUAAUAAAGCAGCUGCUAUGUUGGAUUCCCGACUGCUCUCAGAGGAUGUCAAGGGCUUCCAGGACUCCAAUCAAAUGCAUGCCAUUAAUGGGUUUCUGUUCUCUAACCUGCCCAGGCUGGACAUGUGCAAGGGUGAUACAGUGGCCUGGCAUCUGCUUGGCCUGGGCACAGAGACUGAUGUGCAUGGAGUGAUGUUCCAGGGCAACACUGUGCAGCUUCAGGGCAUGAGGAAAGGUGCAGCCAUGCUCUUUCCUCAUACCUUUGUCAUGGCCACCAUGCAGGCCGACAACCCUGGGACAUUUGAAAUUUACUGCCAAGCAGGGAGCCACCAAGAAGCAGGAAUGCGUGCAAUCUAUAAUGUGUCCUAUUGUCCUGGCCGGCAAGGCAGCCCUCACCAACACUACCAAGCUUCAAGAGUCUACUAUAUCAUGGCAGAAGAGUUGGAGUGGGAUUACUGCCCUGAUAGGAGCUGGGAACUGGAAUGGCACAACCAGCCUGAAGAAGAAAGUUAUGGUCACAUUUUCCUGAGCAGCAAGGAUGGGCUCCUAGGUUCCCGAUACAAGAAAGCUGUAUUCAGGGAAUAUACUGAUGGUACUUUCAAGAUCCCUCGGCCAAGGUCUGGAGCAGAACACUUGGGAAUCUUGGGUCCACUUAUCAGAGGAGAAGUUGGUGAUAUCUUGAUUGUGGUGUUCAAGAAUAAUGCGAGCCGCCCCUACUCUGUGCACGCCCAUGGAGUGCUAGAAUCUAGCACUGGCUGGCCACGGGCUGCUGAGCCUGGUGAGGUGCUCACUUACCAGUGGAACAUUCCAGAGAGAUCUGGUCCUGGACCAAAUGAUUCUGCCUGUGUUUCCUGGAUCUAUUAUUCUGCAGUGGAUCCCAUCAAGGACCUGUACAGUGGUCUAGUAGGACCCUUGGCUAUCUGCCGAAAAGGCACCCUGGAGUCCCAUGGAGAACGAAGUGAUGUGGAUCGGGAAUUUGCCUUGUUGUUUUUGAUCUUUGAUGAGAACCAGUCUUGGUAUCUAGAGGAGAAUGUGGCAACCUAUGGACCCCAAGAACCAGGCUUUGUUAACCUACAGAAUAAAACUUUCUUGGAGAGCAAUAAAAUGCAUGCCAUCAAUGGGAAGCUCUAUGCCAACCUCAGGGGUCUUACCAUGUACCAAGGAGAACGAGUGGCCUGGUACAUGCUGGCCAUGGGCCAAAAUGUUGAUCUACACACUGUCCAUUUCCAUGCAGAGAGCUUCCUCUAUCAGAAUGGACAGACCUACCGGGCAGAUGUGUUGGAUCUGUUUCCAGGGACCUUUGAGGUUGUGGAGAUGGUGGCCAGCAACUCUGGGACAUGGCUAAUACACUGCCAUGUGGCUGACCAUGUCCAUGCUGGCAUGGAGACCCUCUUUACUGUCUUGUCCCAAGAAGAAUACUUAAACACUGUCACUACCAUCACCAAAGAGACUGCAAAAGCAGCAAUCGUAAGAGACAUUGGAGAUGGCAACAUGAAGAUGCUGGGUAUGCAGAUCCCCAUAAAACAUGUUGAGAUACUAACUUCUGUUUUAAUUGCCAUGGGCAUUAUCCUCCUACUUGUUGCUCUGGCUCUUGGUGGUGUGGUCUGGUACCAGCAUCGGCAAAGAAAGCUACGACGCAACAGAAGAUCAAUCUUGGAUGAUAACUUCAAACUUCUUUCUCUCAAGCAGUAAUAAACGGAGCCUGGAGGUAUCCCCAAGAAGCACAAAUAGAAUGUACUCAAAGGUUUCCAGUGUGUCAAUGACUAACAGCUGACUCUAUUGUCAAAGGAUCAUGGGUGGUGGAGAGACAAAGACCAGAAUCAAAAUUAUUUGGGUAUUUCUUCAUUUAUUUAUUUAUAUGGAAAUUAUGUGUUCUCAUUAUUUCUGUAGUUUCUUUGCUUCACUUUGGGAUCUGGGACUGAGAAUGUCCCUGCUGGUAUCCUAUAACACAAAUUUGAACAGCUAAAUUAUAUCAUGCUCAACUCUUGGAAGAUUUGAAAAUUUCUAUAAAUGGAUCCUUCUCACAAA